AUGGAUAACAACGACCAGUCCAACACAAGCAGCUCCAUCGCCCUCAUCGAUAACACUGCGCCCCGUCGCCGUCACUCAGAAACUCCCACCGCUACAACAAACGGCGGCAGCCACGUCUCCCGAAAAUGGACGAAAAGAUCAAUUCGCGGCGAGCUCAAGAAGCGCAAGUACGCUAAAUGGCAACCGGAUCGAUUAGGUCUCACGACCGAUGAUGAAGACAACGACAACUACAACUACAACAAUAAUGAGGGGGAGGAGAACAUACCAUCAUCCAGCCGACGCCCCUCAGAAAGACCAGAAACAGAUCUCUUCACUACAGAAACAGCAACCACCACCAGCAACCCCCCCUCGCAAUACCAAAGUCAAAGCGACAGCCAAAGCCGCAGUCCCAGCCAACAACCCUCACCCCCUUCGCACGACAUAAGCGCCACAGAUUUCGCCCCCGAAAGCACCCUCACCAACACCACCACUACACACUCCCACGGUCCCACAAAACUCACCGGCCUCAAACCCAACACCGAGCUCGACAUCCUCUACGAGAACCAACGCGGGUGGUUCUUCUUCGGCAUCCCCCUCUACUCGCACAGCUCCCUCCUCAACUUCGACCCCUCCGCCUGGCAGACCGCCGAUCUGCGCGACAGCCCCGUGGACAUCACAAACGCGCAAGUGCCCGACCCCAGCUGGGUGUGGGCCUGGCGGUCCUGGUACGUCGAUAUGUCCGGCGACGUGGACGACCAGGGAUGGCAGUAUUCGUUCUCUUUCAAGUCGACGGCAUGGCAUGGGUCACAUCCGUGGUUUCAUUCGUUUGUGCGCCGGCGCAGAUGGGUCCGAGUGAGGACGAAACGGCUGGUGGAUAGACAUGGACGGACGGGGUUGGAGAUGGCGCAUAGGUUGAAUGAGGACUAUUUCACGAUUCAUUCAGGGAAGAAGAAAAAGAGGCCGGUUAGUGAGGUUGGUGGUGGUGGGUAUGGAGCUACGAGUUUGGGUCGGACGACGACCGCGACGACUGCUAGGGAGGAAGAGGAGGUGCCGAUAGAGGAGAUAGCCGAUGUCCCGGCCCUGAUGCAUGCGUUGAGAGUAGCGAUUGUGGAUCGCGAGAAGGUGGAUGCGUUGGAUCGGUUCGUCGAGGAGGGCGGCGAGGAGUUGUUUUAUUUGGAUGAGAAGAUCCCCGAAAUCAUGUCUAUGUUCGUCUUCCAAGCCUCUCGCUGGCACUUCGUGAUCCACCUCACCGACGUCGUCGAGUCCCUCUCCCAGCGACUCUCCUCAGCCAGCGGCAACGAAGCCACCGAGUUGCAGCGCAAACUGAAUCAUCUCCAAAAGGCCACUGAAACAGCGAGACGCCAUCUCACUGGCCCCGGGGUUCUAAGAACCGAGAACCGGAAAUCGAGCAUGGAGAUGCUGGAUUUAACACCCGUGUCUAAGCGCGGGAGUCUAUUGGCGAGAUACUCUGGCCGGUUCGAAUUUAAGUCAAUGGACGAUGGAGGGGAGAUUAAGGGGAUUCCUAAGGAGGCGGAGGUAGGCAGGGAAGGGCAUAUUUUCCAGUAUUCUUCUUGA